CUCAUCUUUUUCAAAAAAAAAUAAACAAGUGGUUGAUAAGUUUUUUUCAAAAUUCAAUUCAAAUUUGCGAAAUUACGGAAGUUGAUCAAAGUUUUUCAAGUUGUGCUUUGUGCUGAUUUAUCAUCGAAGAAAAUUUAUGAAAUGUUAUUCUCUAUUUCGAAAAAAUUACCAGUGAAAACAAUCGCAUUGAAUGCUGUAAGUUCAAGACCGGAAUCCACAUCUGUUAUGGGUAAAUUAAAUGGAAAAGUUGCCAUUGUCACUGCAUCGACCGAAGGCAUCGGAUUUGCGAUCGCCAAAAAACUUGCCAACGAAGGAGCUAAAGUAGUGGUUAGCAGUCGAAAAGAAGCCAAUGUGAAUGCUGCUGUUACUAGCUUGAAGAAUUUUGGUCAUCAGAAUAUAAGUGGUAUCGUAUGUCAUGUUGGCAAAAGCGAAGAUCGUAAAAGAUUAUACGAAGAAGCUAUCAGUAAAUUCGGAGGUAUAGAUAUUCUUGUUUCCAAUGCAGCUGUAAAUCCUUUUUUCGGUUUCGCUGCUGAUUGUACGGAAGAAACUUGGGAUAAGAUAUUCGAUAUAAACGUCAAAAGCGCAUUUCUCCUAACGAAAGAGGUAUUGCCUUAUCUAAGAGAAAGAAACGGUGGAUCAAUUAUUUACGUUUCAUCGAUAGCUGGCCUGCAACCUUUUCAGAUGUUAGGACCAUAUUCCGUUAGUAAGACUGCUUUAUUAGGAUUGACUAAGGUGUUCGCCGAUGAACUUGCUCAUGACAAUAUCCGAGUCAAUUGUUUAGCUCCUGGAGUAAUUCGGACUAAAUUCGCUAAACAGAUUUACGAAAGUGAUGUUGCACAUGACACGGUUCUGUCUCAAAUUCCAAUGGGCAGAAUCGGUGAGCCGAGUGAUGUGGAAGGAGUUGCAGCUUUUCUAUGUUCUGACGAUGCGAAAUAUGUUACCGGAGAAACGAUCGUUGUUUCUGGAGGAAUGCGUUCAAGAUUGUAGAUAUUUUAGAAGUGUCGGUUUGAUCGAAUUUCCCAAUAUGUCCGGAAUCUUGCAUACUUAUCUUUUGUACCAUGUUUUACCCAUUAUUUUUUUUUAAUUCAGUUUUGGUGGUUUAUUUAUUUUAAAUUCGUUGAAUGGUAGUAAAAUUCGUUGUUGAAUAUUA